GACGCGGCUGUUGCGGACGCGGCGGGAGCUGGCGUCAUGGUUGUGCUGGGUUUCACCUCGUUGCUUGGCCACAUCCCGGCCACAGCGUGGAGAGCGGCAAGAUCACCCAUUCUGUGUCAUUCUUUGAGGAAAAUAAGUUCUCAAGGAGAAAAAUCCAAACCCAUCAAACAACCCCUUAAGAAGCCAAAGUUACCAGAAGGUCGUUUUGAUGCACCAGAAGAUUCCAAUUUAGAGAAAGAACCACUGACAAAAUUUCCAGAUGAUGUUAAUCCUGUUACCAAAGAAAGAGGUGGACCCAGGGGCCCAGAACCUACCCGAUAUGGAGAUUGGGAACGAAAAGGACGCUGUAUUGAUUUUUAAGCCACAUAAUUCGUUAACUUCAGUAUCUUUUUCUGAUUGUGUACAUCUGAAUUAACUUAUUUUUGAUUAUUUUCUUUCUGUAUAUCCUUUAAGUCAUCUAAUUUCUAUAAUGUGUUUAAAAAUAUAUAUGAUAGCUUUGGAAGAAAAUAUGCUGUUAUAAAUCAGGAAAGAGGAAGUAUUAGCACAUUAAUUUUAAUUUAAAUGUAUUAGGAUAUUUAAGUGAUGAUUAGAGCUGCAAACUUUUAUUUCAUCAUGUUUCAGUUUAAGUUUAUCAGUUGCUUAUCAGAUACAAAUGUAAGUAAAACAACUUUUUUUUUAAAUGAUUUUAUUGCCAUGUGCUAGGUAAUAGUGACUUUAUAAAUGUGAGUUAAGUAAUGCAUUAUAGUUCGGUAAGGCCACAGUAACAGCAGCAAAUCUUUAACUCUGGAGCCAGAUCACUUGGGUUCAGAUCCCAGCUCCACUACUUACUAGCUUAUGUGACCUUGGGUAAGUUAUUUAACUUCUCUGUGCUUCAGUAUCCUUAUGUGUAAAUUGGAGAUAAUCCUAGUUCCACCUCGUAGGACAGUUGAGAAGAUUAAAUGAGUGAAUACAUGUAAACCACCUGGAGCAGUGCACACUAGAAGAGCUGAAAGUAGUUGCCUCUGGAGGCGAGUUGGGUGGACAGGGACUGCGGUUUCUCAUUAGACGCUUUUUCUCUCUUAAAAUAAAUGAAUAUGUUAGGUACUAUUUUAAGAAUUUAUACAAGUUCAUUGGGGAAAUUUAGAAAACAGUAUAAAGAAGAAAACAAGAAUUGUCUAUAAAACCUCUACACCUGCUUACCCUUUGACGUAUUGUCCUUCAAUAAUCUAAGUAAGUAUACAUGUUUUGUAUAUCUGUUAUCCUAACAAUUUCGUAGUGAAAAUGAUGUUUCACUAUUUGAAUCUUCACUUUCUUAAUCACAAGUGAUGUUAAACACUCUUCUCUCUGUUUAUCAGCCUUUUGUGUCUUCUGUUAAUUGCUUUUUCUUAUCUUUUGCUCAUUUUCUGUUGGAUGUUGGUCUUUUGUUAUCAAUUUGUAUGAGACUUUUGCUUUUCACUUGUGCUUAUUUAUGUUGAAAUUUUUCUUAUUUUUGUGGCGUCAGUUUUUUUUUAUCUUUGUGUAACUUGGUCUCUGUGACCUUAAUGUACUAAUAUCCCUUCACAAGUUCCUUGGUGGUUCCUGUCCAUGAUGAAGUCUUAAGUUCUGUGUCCUUCCUGUUCUGACCCUUUACAUCUGUUCAGGCCCCUCCUUCCCAGUCAAGCCCCACUACUCACAGCCUCUUAGACGUGUUGGUAGAUAAACGUGCCUUCUGCCUGAAAUGCCCUCUUCUUUACUUUCUGCCUAGAAAACACCUAUCAAGCUAUACCUCACUUCCUUGACUAUCUUUUCUGUGUCAUUUCCACAUUCAACUAUUACAGACAUACUAGCUUGUUUUAGAAUUAAUUUUCAAUUCUGCAUCCUCCAUUAGUCCAUGGGCUUCCCUAUCUGCCUUAUAUUCCUGAUUUAUUUCAUUCAGUUUUGUACCCCCAAUUGCAGCAUGGUGCUGAGCAUUUAAUAAACACUCAACAAACGUAGCCUCAGUUUUGAAUCAUCCAGCAGAACUCCACAAUGGCCCCCGAGAUUCCCUCUCCCUGGUGUGCAUGUGAAUACGAUGAGAUAGUCAUUCCCUUGAUUAAGUUACAUUAUAUGGCAACGAUGAUGGAAUAGUCAUUCUGGGGCUCAAGUUACCUAUGUAAGAAUCCACUGUAGCCAACUGGAGGAAGGUUCUCCUGCUGGAUUUGAAGAAGUAAGAUGCUCUGUUGUGAAAGUGCCAUGGACUAGCUCUUGAAGGCAGCUUUCAGGAGCUGAAAGCUCCCCUGCUGACAGCCAACAAGAAAACAAGAACCUCGGUCUUCUUACAGCCACAAGCCUCUGAAGUCUGCAAACCACAUGAAUGGGAUUGGAAGCGGAUUCUGAGCCCCAGAUGAGAUCCCAGCUCCAGCCGACACUUUGAUUUCAGCCUGGUGAGACCCUGAACAGAGGACCCAACUACCCAGACUCCGGACCCAAGGAAGCUGUGAAUAAUGUUUGUUGCUUUAAGCCACUGGGUUUGCAGUAAUGUCUUGUGCAGCAACAGGAACCUGUUACAGUAUUCGAGCUGCUAUUACUAGGGCAUUGGCCUUGAAUCUCAGGAGCAGUGACUAGGCUGGUUUAAGACCUGCAGUUUGAUGAACUGGAUCCUUGUCUUCAUUAUUUGUAUACAAAAUUCCUCUCAGACCUGCUUUGCCAAACCGUUGCCCUGUCUUUCUUAGGAGAAACGAAGCCCUACUACCUUGCAGGCAUUCUUCCCAGUGCCACCUCCCUAGUGAUCAACAACUAAGUUGAGUUCCUGCUCGCAGGUUCCCUCUUGCCAUGUUCUGUCUGCACAUGAUACCACUCCUGCUACUUUAUGGCGAGUCUCUUUCCCUGUGGGACCGCAUGUGUGUGAACUACACCUAUUUACUGUGACAUUUUUGUGUGCAGUGUCAAGCCUGCUGGACUGACCUUCCUUCAACACCUGCAGCCUGGUCUCAUUCAGUGCCCAGAAGCUGGGAUUGUUUCCUUCUCACAAUGUCCCCUGUAAUAAGUUUCCUGGCCCGGUAUUCUAGAAUUGGGCCAGCUGGGUCCGUCAGGCGAGACAAAAUAAUCCUAAAUCAACCUUAAACUGUUAUAAGAAUGCCCCAAAUUCUUUUAGGAAUUUAUUUAUAAAAGAGUAAUGCAUUUUU